AUGACGGUCGUUACGUCUGUAGAUAGCCCUGUCAAGCAGCAGCUCGUCGACAAGCUGCCAAAGCGGUUCAAGGGUAUCAAAUUUGGUAUUCAAUCCAACCAGGAUAUCGCCAAUCAAGCCGUUCUUGAGGUUUCCGACCGUUUGCUCUACGAUAUCGAAAACAACCGCGCUCCAUAUCGCCACGGCCCGCUGGACUCUCGAUUGGGAACCUCAAGUAAGCAGGGACGAUGUUCGACUUGUCAGGAAUCACUUAAGGAUUGCAAUGGUCAUUUUGGCCAUGUUCGCCUGCCCUUGCCAGCUUUCCACGUCGGUUACCUCCGUUUCAUCAUGUCCAUUUUACAAGAAAUCUGCAAGGACUGCAGUCGGGUUUUGCUUGAAGAGCCUGAACGACAACAGUUCCUUAAGGAACUAAGACGACCAUUCUUGGAUAACCUACGGCGAACUCAAAUAUGCAAAAAGAUUAACGAACAAUGCCGGAAAAUCAAAACAUGCCCUUAUUGCGGCUCCCUUAACGGUCAAAUCAGAAAGAUAGGUGUUCUCAAGCUUGCUCACGACAAGUUUGUAGCAUAUAACAAGUCAACCUCUGUGAAAAAGGUACCACCGGAGAGCAAGAUAAAGUUCGACAACUCCUUCAAUGAAGCGAGGCGCGAGAACCCGGAGCUUGAGAAGCAUCUUCGGAAGGCCAUGGAGGAUUUGAAUCCACUCCGAGUCCUCAACCUCUUCAAAAUGAUUAGUCCUACAGAUUGCGAAUUGCUCGGCCUCGAUCCCGCCGAAGGACGACCAGAGAUGUUCAUCUGGCAAUUCCUGCCAGCCCCACCGGUCUGCAUCAGACCCUCUGUCGCCCAGGAUAACGCUAGCAAUGAAGACGACAUCACUACCAAGCUGGCCGACAUUGUCUGGGUCAGUGGCAUGAUCCGGUCUGCUUUACAGAAGGGCUCCCCAGUCCAGACCAUCAUGGAGCAGUGGGAAUACUUGCAGACUCAGAUUGCCAUGUACGUCAACAGCGACGUCCCUGGUCUCCAGCAGCCCGGGUUUGGCAAAGCUACGAGAGGCUUCUGCCAGCGUCUGAAAGGCAAACAAGGUCGCUUCCGUGGUAACCUUUCCGGAAAACGUGUCGACUUUUCAGGAAGAACAGUCAUUUCUCCAGAUCCUAACCUUGGCAUUGACCAAGUUGCUGUGCCAGAGCUGGUUGCGAAGAAUUUGACCUAUCCUGAAAGAGUACAGCGACAUAACCUCGAGAAGCUGCGUCAGUGUGUUAAGAACGGACCAGACAUCUGGCCUGGAGCUCAGCGUGUCAUCAAAUCGGACGAAGGCGGCUAUCUCCAGUCUCUAAAAUUUGGUAACAGGGAGUACAUAGCUCGAGACCUUAAGUUCGGAGAUAUCGUUGAGCGUCACCUCGAGGAUAACGAUGUCGUCCUAUUCAAUCGUCAGCCGUCUCUGCACAAACUUAGUAUCAUGAGCCAUCUUGCUAAAGUUCGACCAUGGAGAACUUUCAGGCUAAACGAAUGUGUUUGUGGACCAUACAACGCCGAUUUUGAUGGAGACGAAAUGAAUCUUCACGUACCACAGACGGAAGAGGCUCGCGCGGAGGCUAUUAACUUAAUGGGCAUCAAGCACAACCUGGCAACACCCAAGAAUGGAGAACCUGUCAUUGCUGCCACGCAAGAUUUCAUCACGGCGGCUUUCUUGCUGAGCAGCAAAGACCGCUUUUUCGACCGAAAGACGUUUACUUAUAUGUGCAUGCACAUGAUGGACGGAAAGACGCACUUGGACUUGCCACCUCCAGCUAUCAUCGCACCUCAAUCUCUUUGGACUGGCAAGCAGAUAUUCAACAUGCUUAUGCGGCCCAAUAAGGACUCACCCGUCAAGGUCAAUCUUGACGCCAAGUGCAGAGCCUACAAAGCCCGACCUGGCCAGUGCCCUGAUAUGGACCCCAACGAUGGCUGGCUCGUUGUGCGCAAUUCAGAAGUCAUGUGUGGCCGUAUGGACAAGUCUACCGUUGGAACAGGCAAGAAAGACUCGAUCUUUUAUGUAAUUCUUCGUGAUUUCGGACCAGACGAGGCUGUUAUUGCCAUGAACAGAUUGGCUAAACUCUGCGCACGGCAACUGACAAAUCGAGGAUUCUCAAUCGGCGUUGGAGAUGUUUUCCCUACGGAAUCACUAAACCGAGAAAAGGAGAAACUUGUUGCCGUCGCCUACAAGCAGUGUGACGACUUGAUUGAAACAUUCAAGGCUGGAAAACUGGAGAAAGCUGCUGGCUGUAACCAGGAACAGACCUUGGAAAACUCCAUGUCUGGUAUUCUGAGCAAGGUCCGACAGCAGGCAGGAUCUUAUUGCGUCGACACCCUCAGUCGCAACAACUCCCCCCUCAUCAUGGCCAAGUCUGGUUCGAAAGGAUCAGACAUCAACGUGGCACAGAUGGUUGCCCUUGUUGGUCAGCAAAUUAUUGGUGGUUCGCGUGUUGCAGACGGGUUCCAGGACCGAACACUUCCUCAUUUCCAUAAGAAUGCUCGUCAACCACCCUCAAAGGGUUUCGUCAAGAACAGUUUCUACACUGGCUUAUUCCCUACCGAGUUCAUCUUCCACGCCAUGUCGGGUCGUGAAGGUCUGGUCGAUACAGCUGUCAAGACUGCUGAGACUGGUUACAUGUCUCGGCGACUGAUGAAAUCGCUUGAAGAUCUGUCUACACAAUACGACGAUACUGUCCGGACAUCCGGAGGUGGUAUCGUCCAAUUCCAGUUUGGUGCUGAUAAGCUUGAUCCUGUGGAUAUGGAAGGCUCAGCGGAGCCUGUUCAUUUCCAGCGAACUUGGACUCAUGCGGAAAGUUUGACUCUGGACAACAGCGAGUCUUCUAUGUCACCAGAGGAGAUCAGAGCUUUCUGUGACUCUGUGUUGGAAACCGAACGACGACGUUAUGUCAGGCGUGGACUGCUGCAUAACGAGAUCCUGGACUAUACGGAUACCACCGAUUACGGCAUUGACGAGCACGAAGGAGCACGAGGGUUCCUGAAAGCCAUUGAACGACACGUUGAAGGACUAGCGUCAAAAUUGGAGACGGUCAGAAAGCUUGCUGGCUUCAAUGGCGAUGCUGCGGUUAAGUCAACCGCUCGAGAUCACGCCGAUCGGACUGCCAAGGUCGCAUUAUCGACACUUCGCCUUUUUAUCAAAAUGUGUCUAGAGAAGUACAAGAAGGCACACGUUGAGCCUGGACACGCUGUUGGAGCUGUCGGAGCUCACUCAAUUGGUGAACCAGGUACACAGAUGACCUUGAAGACUUUCCAUUUUGCUGGUGUGGCCGGCAUGAGUAUCACUCAGGGUGUCCCCCGAAUCAAGGAAAUCAUCAACGCAUCGAAGGCUAUCAGUACCCCCGUCAUUACGUGUCCUCUAGAGAACAACGAGCAGAUUGAAGCCGCGCGGGUUGUGAAGGGGCGCAUUGAAAAGACAUACAUCUCGGAUGUUCUGCGAUUUGUUGAAGACGAAUGGCGCACGACCGAAGGCAACGUUGUCCUACAAAUCGAUUCCACCGCCCUUUCAGAUAUGCAUUUGGGCAUUGGCCCAUACGAUAUUGCUGAGGCUAUCUGCAAGCAGCGCAAGCUCAAGGUGCAGAGGGAUGAUCUGUCAAUUGAUGGAGAGCGGAUUAUUGUUCGAGUGCGCGAUGUUAGCGAUCCAGCAGUGAAGAGGACAACUGCACGAAGCAAAGCUGCUGCCGCCGACACUGGGGACAUGUUGCUGAGGGCGAACUUCCUUCGUCGGACACUCCCUAACGUGCCCAUAUCUGGCUAUUCCGAAGCUACACGUGCGAUUAUCCAAACAUCAGAACAAAGCACACAUAUGGUCCUUGUCGAAGGCUACGGCCUCCGGGAAUGUAUGACGACCGAGGGUGUUAUUGGUACGAAAGCACGCACCAACAACGUCAUGGAGUGUCGAGAUGUAUUGGGCAUUGAAGCAGCCAGAACGACCAUUGCCGACGAAAUUGGCGAAGUGAUGGGCGACAUGGGCAUCGAUCCGCGACAUAUGCAAUUGCUGGCUGACGUAAUGACCUACAAGGGUGAAGUUCUGGGCAUUACCCGUUUUGGAUUGUCCAAGAUGCGCGAUAGCGUACUGCAACUAGCCUCCUUCGAAAAGACCCCGGAUCAUCUCUUCGAAGCUGCAGCUGGUAUGAAGACGGAUCAGAUUGAGGGUGUUAGUGAGUGUAUCAUCAUGGGCCAGACAAUGUCGGUUGGUACCGGUGCAUUCCAGGUCGUUCGCCGUUUGGGUAUCCGGGACGGCGAUGUCAAGCAAAAGCCAACACUUUUCGAGGAUGCUUGGGCAGAAGAGUCAGCACUUAAACGCAAGACUCGCAGAAAGGCUUGA